UCGACCUUCACUGAGCUGUUUGGGCAAACACGCGGCUUGGCGGAACAAUAGUGUGGUAUGACCGCGCAGUAGCUCCCGACUCUUUUUACAAUGCCGAGUUCACUACUUACUUCAGCUGCUAAUGUCCUCCUCCUUUUUAAAGCAGUCAUCAACUCAUGCGCUACUCCCGUCGCAGGGCCAUACAUCAUAAUUCCAGAUCGUGCUGAGGCCUGCCCGCGGAGUGAAAUGGCUUUAGACUUCCCCAUGGACUUCAAAAUUGUACGCGAUCGAAAUAACACUAACUACUUCUUUGUGGCAGUAGAUUGGGCAAGCCAAUUUACAUUCGACGACACAAAAGAUGCACUGCUGACAUUCGCGUCAUGGGGAACGAGAGGAGGAUGGAAAGAAAACGCAAUGAUCAUGAAGUUCAAGAAGUUGUGUACCACAAUCAAAACACAUCUUCCAAAAAUUUGGCACGAAAUUCUUGUGCGCAUGACGAGCAACGUCACCGAAACACUUCAAGACUGUCCAUUCCCGCCAGGUGGCUAUUCGGUGCGAAACUUGUCAAGUUCAGUUCUACAACCCAAAGGAAUACCAAUGCUCUUUUAUGGAAAGUGGAAAAUUGAUGUAAAAGUUGUUGACCCAGCAGACCAAAGGGUAUUGGGCUGUAUGCGUCUGUAUGCCAGUGUAAUACCAAAGAUAGGCCAACCGGUUGGGUAAGACCUGUGAAUUGAAAGGGUUUCGGAAAACCGUCAGCACAUACAAACUACAAGCAACAUCGUUUUGGCUCGAAAGAUUAAUCAAGAACAUAGGCCUGACCCUCAUUUUGCCGUUGGCGCCGUUGCGUGUUCUGUCCCCCAAAAACAUGCUCAUCUUCGCCUCCACCUCGAACGGCGCGGCCCUUUACAGUGUGCACGAUUGCGUUCAAACGGAUUGGUCUACGACUGCAACAAUGGCAAGUUACUACUUGAACACACUGACAGUUAAAAAAAAAAAACACAAUUCUUGUUAACAAUAAACGGACCCGUAGUAAAGAAAA